UUUUAGAUUUGUGAAUGACAGACCAUGCCCUAAUGCUAAUAGUGUGUGGUUUUGUGUGUAAAGAUUGUCUUUUUAAUUGAUUGUUUUUAAUAAAAAAUCAUUCUUGAUCUGGGGUGUCAGGAUUUUGAAAGUUCAGUGAAUUUCUACAGUUAUUGUUAAUGGAAGCUCGUGAUUAUGUUUUUUUUAGUUAUCUGUGUAAAGGGCAUUUCAAGAUUUUGUUUAAAUUAGUGAACUUUAUCCUGUUUCACCUGAUGUUUCUUUUUGUUGAUUUGAAUUUCAUGCCUUUUUAUUUUACUUUUUUAAAGAAAGUAAAAUGCCAUUUGUGUUCACCAUUCAAAUCCUUAGUCUACCUAAGGGUUUGUUGCUGAUGACUUCUUCUUUGGAGCUUAAUCCAAGAUUUUCUGUUGUCAUUCACUUGGAUUUUGAGAGAUUUAUGUGCUGACAUCUCUUUCUGGACAGCUUGAUUGUGAAACAUCCAAAGAAAAAUCCUCUGGUAUUGAGGAUGCUGGUUUUGAUGUUUGUGAUGGUGUGUGGAAUUUACAUAUGUUCAGUCUGUCUAAAGCAAAUUGGCGGGCACCCGACUAUGCGGUUGUUGAGUUAUCCGAUGGCUGAGAGAGCUUGUGAUGUGGCAGAUAUCGAGCCUUCUGAGAAGCCCUAUGUACAUUACCCCAAACCAGAGACUUUCAACAGGGAAGAAUGUGCAUGUAAUCCCGUACGUUACUUUGCAAUAUUGUCCACACAGAGGUCUGGGAGUGGAUGGUUUGAGACGUUGUUGAACAGUCAUAUGAACAUUAGCUCCAACGGGGAGAUUUUCUCAGUUAAAGUUCGAAGAAGUAACAUAUCCACAAUUGUGGAAACAUUGGAUAAGAUAUAUAAUCUUGAUUGGUUCACAAGUGCCUCGAAAAACGAGUGUACAGCUGCAGUUGGAUUGAAAUGGAUGCUUAACCAGGGAUUAAUGCAACAUCAUGAAGAAAUAGUGGAAUACUUCAACUCUAAAGGAGUUUCAGCAAUUUUUCUCUUCAGAAGGAAUCUGCUGCGUCGUAUGAUUUCCAUCCUAGCAAAUUCUUUCGACCAGAACGCCAAGCUACUAAACGGGACUCACAGAUCUCAUGUGCACUCAACCCAUGACGCUAAGAUACUUGCCAGUUACAAGCCAGUUGUUAACGCAAGUUUGCUUAUACCGAACCUGAGGCAAGUGAAAGAUCUCGUUAACAAAUCCAUGGAAUAUUUUAAGAGCACCCGCCAUAUUAUCCUCUACUACGAGGACAUAAUAAACAAUCGAACAAAAUUAGUCGACGUUCAGAACUUUCUGAGGGUUCCUCUUCGAGACCUGAGUAGCCGACAGGUGAAGAUACACAAAGGAUCGCUGUCUUCACAGGUCGAGAACUGGGGAGACAUCGAGAAGGCGCUUGAGGGAACGCCUUAUCAAAGUUAUUUGCAUGAAGAUUACAAGUUGUAGGAAUCUGGAUCAUGCUGUUGCUGUAUAUAUAGAUGAUAUAGGUUUACCUUAUUUAUUCAUUGAUUCUUUCAACAGUAUAAGCUAACAGGUAGAUUCCCCUGUUGGAAUUUUGAUGGGAGAGUUUUUUUUACCUUAUGAAUGUGUGUAUGUUUUUGUUUAUGACUUUUAUGUUUUUUAUUGUUCUUUUUGGCAAGCAAGGUGAAAUAUUGUUUCAA